AUGUCCAAUAUUGCUCUUCAUCGUACCACAUCCGACUAUACAUCCUCAAGUGACAGCAGCCGACUCGUGAGUCCGCCCAGCGUGGCUAGCGGUAGUACCUUCUCAGACAGUUUGGCUCUUCUGCCUCCGAAUUCGGGUGCACUUUAUGGGGACCCUUUAGUUCAGCCCUACGAUCGCCAACAGGCCAUGCCAGUCGGGGACAGUAACAAUGGCAAUUCCAUCACCGCUUCGCCUGGGUUCGCGCGGACGCAAAUCACACUAGUUGCAGUUCCUCAUUCCUUCACCCCCUUUUCCAGUCGAUUGCAUCGCCUUGCAGGACGAUGGAGUCACUUGGAGGGAGAAUGUGAGCGUCAACAACAGUGCGACGAUUACUCGACCAACAACCUCAACGUCGAGAACACUCAAUCACCCAAUUCUAAUCCCCCGGUCCCUCCUCAUCCCACAAACGUACCGUUGACGCCUUCUUUGAAGAAUUGGUGUUCUGUCUUCUACUACGAGUUGAACAACCGUGUCGGUGACGUUUUUCAUGCCUCGAAACCCAAAUUCACCGUGGAUGGGUUUACGGCGCCGUCUUUGGGCACAGAAAGAUUCAGUUUAGGCGGACUUAGUCACGUGAAUCGUCCACCUCAAGUUGAUAUGACUCGCCGCCACAUUGGUCGCGGCCUCAAUCUGCUUUACAUAUCAGGGGAGGUGUUCGUUGAGUGUCUGAGCGAUGCGGCCAUUUUCGUCCAGUCACCCAGUUGCAAUCGUCUUAACAACUGGCAUCCUGCCACCGUGGUCAAGGUCCCUCCGCGUUGCAAUCUUCGUGUUUUCGAUAACCGUGAAUUCGCGGAAUUGCUGUCUCAGUCAGUCACCAGAAACUACGAAACCGUAUUCUCCCUCACCCAUAUGUGUUUCAUUCGAAUCAGCUUUGUGAAAGGAUGGGGCGCUGAUUACCGUCGUCAAACUAUAACCAGCACACCCUGUUGGAUUGAGCUUCACCUGAACGAGCCGCUCAAGUGGCUUGACCGGGUCUUGCAAGAGAUGGGCUCUCCCUCGACUCCGUGCACCUCUGUCAGCUAA